GUGUGCUUCUAGCAGCACGUAUAAAAAACAGAGCGCGUAAAUCAAUGGAACAUGAGGAGGAAGAGGAAGAUGCUGAAGCUUGGCCUAGGGCGCGCGUUCGCCGUGCAUGGCGUUUCUCUUCCGCUUCGAAUAUCUGCAUAGAGUGCGCCGCGUAGCCCACCGGAAGACCAUGGUGGGCGUUGGGAGAAGCUGAGGUUCAGCAGAAGGCGGCGUGGAGAACCUCCCGCGGGCGAUGGCUUUCCGGUUUCACUGAGCGCCUCCUGGUCUGCAGCAGCGAGUCGGGCGAGCGCCAUGCUGCCGUGUAGCGUCGAGCACAGACCUUGCCGCAAGAUGUGUCCUCAUAGAUGCGGAGCGCGUGCCACGUCGUCCGGCGGCAAUGUGCCGUAAAGGCGCGGGGUGACGGCAUGCAAGCGAGCAGCCCGGGCCAGGGUCACUUAGAGCCGAGGGGCAGCGUGGGCGUCCUGUCCCCGGCGGAAGCGGAAGGACCUUGCUGGGACCCGCGGCAGCGCAAGCAGCGACUGCGCAGAAAUCUGCUCGUGGUGAGCGCCAGUUCAUUCCUCGUCAACUCGGCCUUCCUGUCGCUGAGUCACCUGCAGACGAACGUGCUGAACGUCGAGAGCGGCCUAGGCACAGUGUCGCUGAGCGCCAUUUCAUCCUCGUUCGUGCUCUCGUGCAUGUUCCUGGCGCCCUUCUUCAUCAGCGUGGCGGGCCUCAAGAUUACCAUUGGCGCUUGCACUCUACUCUAUACGCCGUACUUCAUCGCCAACUUCUAUCCGCACUGGGUGACCGUGCUGCCCACAUCUUUCGUACUGGGUUUCGGAGCAGGGCCAUUGUGCACGGCCAACAGUGCGUACGUGGCCGAGCUGGCUACCCAGUACGCCGGACUACAUCGCCAGAACGCCGACGCGGCGCUGGGCCGCUUCUUCGGCGUUUUCCUUAUGUUCGGCCAAUUGUCCCAAGUGUUCGGAAAUCUCCUGUCGUACGUGGUCCUCGGGGCCGGUGGCACCACUACGGAUGGCACUGUGGUGAACCAGGAGGCCAGCAGUGACAAGCGCGCCAGUUGUGGAGUUAACUUUUGCCCUCAAUCGGCGCUUCCGACCAACAUAACAGCACCGUCAGUGACAAGCCGCUUCCAGUUGUGCGUGGUGUACACGGCUUUUGGGUGGAUCGCCGCGCUGGUCGUCUUCCUGCUGCUCGAUCCGCUUGAGCGCAAGGUGCAGCGCCAUGACAGGGCAUCCCUGCAACUGCUCAUGCUCACUAUGCGACACAUGAAGAACCCGUACCAGAUAUUCAUCAUCCCCUUGACCAUUUUCAGCGGAUUGGAGAUUGCGUUCAUUGCGGACGACUUCACGAAGGCGUACAUCACAUGCACAUGGGGCGUAUACUACGUGGGGUUGUUCUUGGUGAGCCUCGGCGUGUCUGGAGCUCUCUUCUCGCUAAGCUUCGGCUGGCUGCUGCACCUCACUGGCCGGCCGCAGAUGGUGCUGCUCGGCGCCGUGGUGAACGUGGCCAUGAUCAUUCUCAUGCUCAGCUACGAGACCGGCUACCUUCUCCUGGUCCUACUUGUUGCCUCCGGGGUCUGGGGCAUCGCCGACGCUGCCUGGACCACGCACCUCAUCUCCUUCUACGCCGUGGCCUUCUGGCAGAACCCGGAGGCAGCAUUCGCCAGCUGCCAUCUGUGGCGAUCCGUCGGCACCAUCGCUUCGCUGAGCUACAGCAACCUCGUGUGUACCGACAUGAAGCUGUACAUUCUGCUGUGCGUGCUCACCGUAGGUGUGGCCGGGUACUUUGCCGUGGACGCCGAAGUGAAGCGCGCCGCUGCUGCCGUGGCGCUGCCGCACGCCACCGUGGUCAGCGCCACCGUGACGCCCAUCGUGAGCGCGGCCGGCCUGCAGCCGUUAGCCGCGGCCCGAAGCCUCGACGCGGGCAUUCCAGUCGUCAUCCCCGCCCUGCUCACCUCGAACCCUGUGGCGGCACGAUGAGCUCAGUAAACUGGCCCCAUGCUGGCCCGUGCUCCUCUACAUUGGGGGCGCCCUCCGUGUUGCUCCUCUCUCGCACGCCUGGGUGGACCGCCAUCGGCGGCUGGGUGUGUGUGUGUUUGCGUGCGCCUACUUGUUGUCGUUUGGAAACUGAGCCUCGAGCCUCUACCAUGUUUCGCCUGACAUAAGGAAACGAUUAUUAAAUAUGUCUCGUUCGUUGCCAAGGUAGUGCGGCUUUACCAUCGUAUCGGAAUCAGCGUGCCGAAUGCAUUUAG